GGUCGCGCCGGGAAGCGGGUGGCUGAAGCAAUAUUUUAUAGAAUUAAUGGAAAUCCAACAAAACAUCGCAAACCAAGAACUUUGGAAAAUGAAGCCUAGGAGAAGUCUAGAAGAAGAUGACUAUUUGAGUGUUUUAAUGUGAAGAGAUGACAGAUGCUGCAUCAUGCUCAACUCCCUUCUAACUGGAGUAAUUGGAAAAGACAUUGGAUGUAAUAGUGAUUUAUUACUGGAAGUUAAAGUCAAAUGAAUAAGAACUCAGGAGAGACCAGCAUGCUGAAAAGACCUGUGCUUUUGCACUUGGACCAAACAGCCCAUUUUGAUGACUUUGACUGUCCCCAAAAGCUUCAGUGCAAACAGGAGCUCUUCCCAGAAUGGCGCUUGCCAAUUAAAAUUGCUGCUGUCAUAUCCUCUCUGACUUUUCUCUACACUCUUCUGAGGGAAGUAAUUCACCCUCUUGUAACUUCCCAUCAACAGUGGUUUUAUAAAAUUCCAAUCCUGGUCAUCAACAAAGUCUUGCCCAUGGUUUCCAUCACCCUCUUGGCGCUGGUGUAUUUGCCAGGUGUGAUAGCAGCAGCUGUACAGCUCCGUAAUGGAACCAAGUAUAAGAAAUUUCCACAUUGGUUGGAUAGGUGGAUGUUAACAAGGAAGCAGUUUGGGCUGCUCAGUUUCUUUUUUGCUGUAUUGCAUGCAAUUUAUAGUUUAUCCUAUCCAAUGAGGCGAUCCUACAGGUACAAGUUGCUGAACUGGGCGUAUCAACAGGUCCAACAAAAGAAAGAAGAUGCCUGGAUUGAGCAUGAUGUUUGGAGAAUGGAAAUGUAUGUGUCUCUGGGAAUCGUGGCACUUGCAAUCCUGGCUCUGUUGGCAGUGACAUCUAUUCCAUCUGUGAGUGACUCUUUGACAUGGAGAGAAUUUCACUAUAUUCAGAGCAAGCUAGGAAUUGUUGCCCUUCUACUGGGCACAAUACAUGCAUUGAUUUUUGCCUGGAAUAAAUGGGUUGAUAUAAAGCAAUUUGUGUGGUAUACACCUCCAAGUUUUAUGAUAGCUGUUUUCCUUCCAAUUGUUGUCCUGGUAUGUAAAGCUAUACUAUUCCUGCCAUGCUUGAGAAAGAAGAUACUGAAGAUUAGACAUGGUUGGGAAGAUGUGACCAAACUUAACAAGAUUGAGAUGUCUUCCCAGUUGUAGAAUUACUGUUUACAACAUUUUUGUUCAAAUUUGAUAUAUUUUAUCAUAAAUAUUUCCAAUUUGUAUUUGCUUAAUAAAAAUAACUACUGAGGGUCUUAAUAUA